CUGUGAGUGAGCGAGAGACGGCCGGUCGGACGGAAGUGCCGAGCCGAGCCGAGCCACUCCUUACCCCUGGUGCAGCGACGUCACUGCCGAGCGAGUGUUUUGCGAUUUGAAAGUUUCUUGUGAUGGCUCAAAAGAACAAGCUAAGCUCUGCUGUGGAGGUUUCAAGCAAGAAAUUCCAAAAAUCUAAACACAAGACAAAGGCGCAAGGAAGUAAAAAGAAGACUCGGAGUGAAGAGAAAGUGACAGCAAAAAAUAUUAAUAAUUUGGAAUUUCAGAGUACUGAACCUCCUGAAAAAGACUUGGAACCAAGAAUUCAAAAGAUAAAGAUCACUUUGGGCGAUGAGAAGGACAAACAAUACAAAAGCAACUUUGUUUCCAAGGACAGCAAUGAGGAAUCUUUCAGUGAUGUUUCAUCUUCAACAUCAGAAGACAAGGUCAAUGGCGAGGAUGAUGGGCAGUUGUCAAUUCGAAAGCCAAGAUACUGGUUAGAGAUGAAGGGAAUGGAGGCUGAUGUGGAAAGUUGCAAGCAUAAAGGGAAAGACAAUUCCUUUUAUACUAAACAACGUAAAGCUACGCAGAAGAAAAGAAAGAUGAAUAGUGUUGAUACUGAUGAAGAAAAUUAUGAAUCUUCUCGUAAAGGAAGAAAGCUUGCAGUAACAAGCACGUAUUCUAAAAAACAAAGGUCCUUCAAAAUCAAUGCCAAAGUGCAGCGUCCAAAAUCUGGUAAUCGUUCUCGGCACGUGAGAAAGGAACCUCCUUCGUAUCCAGCAGGCAGUCAGGAGGAACACUGGUAUCUGGAAAUUCUGGAAAGGGGAAAGAUUACGUGCCCAACAUGUAAGGCUGUUAUGAGGAAGACUGUGGAAGGGCUGAAAAAACAUAUGGCAAACUGCAAAGAGGAACCCUUUGUAUGCCAACACUGUGGAAAACAGUUAAAGUCUUUAGCUGGGCUCAAAUAUCAUUUAAUGGCAGACCAUAAUAACAUGCCAAUUUUGAAAGAUGGUGAUAUAGUUGAUGAGCAGACUGAUAGAGAAAGACUUCGUAAAGUUCUGAGGAGAAUGGGAAGAUUGAAGUGUCUCGGUGAGGACUGUUCUGCUAGCUUUACUAGUAUAAUGGGCUACCUCUAUCAUUUGAAAAAGUGUGGAAAGGAAGAAUCUGAAUUAUUGAAACAAUUAUUUAAAUGCCAACACUGUGGAAAGAUGUACAAGUCAAAGGCAGGCCUGGAUUAUCAUUUGAAAUCAGAACAUGCACCGUCUCCAGAAACUUCAGAAGAUGAGGCUGCUGAUAAAGAAAGUGAACCAGAAGUGGAAAGAACAUCCAGUGGAAGAGUGCGAAGGAGCUCUGCAAAGUUGGCUGCCUACCAUCUACAUGAAAUAGUAGCCGAUGAACUUGCUCGGGAAUCACCUCGGAGGAAAAUCCAACGUGACCUGGUACCGGAUGAUGACAAGUUAAAGUACACGAGGCCUGGUUUGCCUACGUUCAGUCAUGAAGUGCUUUGCAAGUGGAAGAAUGAAAUGAAAACAUAUAAAAGAGUGCAAUGUCCGAACAAGGAUUGUGCUUCUAAUUAUACCAGCGUAUCAGGACUGAAGGCUCAUCUUGGUUCUUGUACAAGGGGGGACUAUGUGGCUGGAAAGUACAAGUGCCUGAUAUGUGAAAAAGAAUUCAGCUCUGAGAGUGGAGUAAAGUAUCAUAUUAACAACGUACACUUUGAGGACUGGUUUCUUCCUACUUCCAAAGCAGCUAAAGAAUUCAAACCCUUGGUGAAAGUAACAAAGAAACCUACAUCAAACAAGAAAAAAUCAUCUGCAAAAGUUGGUAAAAAACAAAACGCUCAAGUAAAAUCUGUGAAUGAAGUAUGCCUCCUUGAAAAGGUCUACGAACCAUCAAAAGAGUGCGAUCAGUACAGAUUCACUGAUAGUGAGGAAGAUCAGGAUGAACAAGAAAAUGUGGGGAGCUGGCAUCUUAAAAGACCAAGUGCAAAAGCUGAAUUAAAGACUGAUCCUUCCAGGAAAUAAACAAUGCUGGAAAUUAAGAUACCGAACAGUUUAUGUAGCAUUUUUUCUGUAAAAAUAAACAACUGUGGGUAUUGAUUAAAACAUUGUAACAGUCCUUUAGAUAUAAUUUGGUUCAUUUUGUCUACAAGAUCUUUUUAAUUUAUAAAUUACGCCUUCAUCACGAUGUAUAAUUGGAUAUAAGCAAUUAGAUUGCACCCGGCCAGUUUUUAGGUACAGGAUUGGAAAAGAUAAGAAAAUGUUUCCAGGUUGUAAACUUAGAUAUAGUAAACAAUGUUGAUGUGGCUUUGUGCAAAGUAGAUUUCCUCCACGGAUGUCCUUAAUAGUUGUAGUUUAAUGUCCACGUGAUUGGAUUAUAGUGAUAUUUUUUGAAAGGGAAGAAAAUUAUUGCUAGGUCAUCUUCACCUUGUAUAAUUAUGACCAAAAUCUGUUGGUUAAAAAAUACUUUGGUUACUGCAUUUGUCCACUCUUGGCUUAGAAGGAGCUAAUAGUCACUUGGUGCUGUGUAUUAUUAAUGGUGGGGUUAUUUUAUAAAUGUUUUAGACUGCUACUUUGUGCACGGAAAAAACUUCAGGCUAGAUUUUCCAGUUUGUCUGAACACCACUUAUUUAAGCAGUUAGGGUUGGGAGUGGGGAGUAGGGAUGGGUUGAUACAAGAACAAUGGGAGAAAUUUGUGUUUAUUUGUUAGCGCUAAGCAUGUGCAAGGGCAUCCGACCUCCCUAUAUGGCUCCAAACUUGGUGAAUGUGUCAAGCGAGUACAACCAAUGCAUUCAAAUGCGUUUAACGCUACUGACCAAAGCCAGAUUUCUCACCAACAUCCCUGUUUAAUAAAAAUUCUUUUUUGUGAUAACUUUUAUGUUUUAGAAAUGUCUUGCAGUGGCUAGUUACUAAAUUGUGCACAUUAUAAUGCCUUAAAUCUUCAGGGCUCAUGAUUUAAGAAAUAGUAACGUAAGAAAAUUAGUUUUUUUUUGACAUUUUCUAUGAGGAAAUUAUAGAUUUAAGUAGUUUCGUUGGGUCAAUGGUAACGUUCCAAAAAGCAAGAAAAUAUUGCAACUUAGUUUGAAAGCUAUAACACAUACUAUACUAAAUACACUAAUUUGGCCUUCUUUAUUCAUUUGUUAUUUACAAAGGUAUGUAAUUACCAAUAGUACAAUAUCCAUUUAAUUCCAUUUGACAUGUAUACCUCAAACCUCUUAAAUAAUGAGGAAUAAUACUUGUUAUUUCACUGUUUUCUGCUGUUACUAGAAUGUAAAUUUGAAAUGUAUCCUUUUUUAAAAAAAAGAACUGCAGAAAUUCCAAUUUAGUUUGUUUAACAUUGAACACAAUGAUGAGUUGGUGUCCUGAGGAAUCUUCUGUGAAAUAUAGUUAUUUGGUUCACAAAUAAAUCUUUGAGUAGUGAUGACAUUAAUUAAUUUUAAUGUGAAAUAUAUCACUUCACAGGGUAAAGCAGGUGUUUUUUUUUUAGUAAAACUCCAAUUUACUAGAUUCUCACUUUUAGUGUUAGUUUUAGAAAAAAAUAAAUAAUGUUGUUAAACUUGCUUUGAAAAUGGAUCUUAAACGUAUGUUUUUCCAGUGCCAAAAUAAAUAUAGCUCAUUGCCUUGAUAUUUCCUUAAUUACUUCAAUGGUUGUAUACUUUUUCAUCAGGAGGGGACCUCAUUAAAGUUUAUUAACCUA